AUGUCAGACAGACCAAAGGAUCCCAGGGAGGAUAUGAGCGAAGAGGAACUCCUGGAGUUGGUCAGAAACUCUCCGUUUCGCAAGUUUGGAAAAUUAUCCAACGAAGAUGGGAAUGAUAUCCCUUCUUGGGGGAAAACGAUCUAUUCAGAUCUUGAACCCAUUGAUGCGACCUUAUCUCCGAACCCGUCCAUCACAUUUAAAAUGUAUAUCAAGGAGGAAUACACCAACCUAUCGGGUAACUUACAUGGUGGUUCAGCAGCCACAAUUUUUGAUAUCGCGACAUCGAUGUUAUUAACACUUGUUCAAAAGGAUGGGUUUUGGCAGCGCUGGGGUGUCAGCAGGACGUUGAAUUGCUCCUAUUUAAGAGCAGUACCAGGAGGAACUACUGUCAAAAUCCAUUGCGAAAUCGUCGGUUUGGGAAAGAGAUUUGUUCACAUGAGAGCAAUUAUGAGGGACGAUGCGGGGAACAUUCUUUUGACUUGCGAGCACGGGAAGGUCAAUACGGAUUCAAAGCUCUAG